AUGGUGAGCAGGCUGAUUGUGAGAAUUGUGACUUCUGCGAUUUACUGGUUCAUCAUCAUCGUUUUUCUGACCCUGAUCUGGCAUGUUGUGAAUCACAGGAGCAAUCGUAAGAUCACAGAAUUCAAUCUUUACACUGGGAAGACUCCGUACAUGCUAAACACGAUUAUUACAGUUGGUGAACAGCUGACUAACAGUUACAAUGAUUCAGUGAAACAGAACAGACUCGCAGAGGUCAAGAGAGAGUUUAAUGAUGUUUUUCAGACCAGUGAAACCACGUAUCCUGCCAAUAGAAUCGGUAACUAUAUCUUCUCCAAUCCCAAUCUCUGUAAAGAUGCUCCCAGUAUCGAUUUCAUCAUUAUCGUGCACACAGCAACUAAAAAUUUUGAAAGAAGACAACGAAUCAGAGCCACUUUUGCGAACACAUCUUUAUUUUACCCAGCCCAAAUACGAACUGCUUUCUUACUGGGUAAAACGACAGACAGCAAAUUAACGAAGAUGCUAUGGCGGGAACAUAGAACAUACAACGAUACGGUUAUGGGAGAUUUCAUCGAUGAUUAUUACAACCUUACAUUGAAGGGAGUCAUGGGACUUCGCUGGGUCAAAGAUCACUGUCUAAAUGCUGCUUUUGUGUUGAAAAUAGAUGACGAUGUUUUAAUAAAUAUGUUUACACUAGUUCAUAUGUUCUUACCACAAAUGAAGACACAGAAGAGAACUAUUUUCUGUCAGGUAUAUUUAAAGGAUACAAUGCCGAUAUUUAGAACUGGAGCGUGGAAAGUGGACUCCCAUAUUUUCCCAAACAGGACAACAUAUCCGUAUCCAUACUGCCCAGGUUUUACCGUAAUACUAACCCCAGACUUGAUUGAUGAACUGUACCAGACUGCAAAGGUUACACCGUUUUUCUGGAUUGAUGACAAUUACUUGUUCGGGUUGUUGCCAUAUGUUAUUGGAAACAUACAUUUUUCGUAUUAUGAAUGUAAAGCAUUUCUAUCACCGCUCUAUCAGAAAGCUGAAGACUGUGCGUUACCCCGAAAAGUGGGAAGCACAUUGUAUUCUAUUCUUUUAAACGACAUAUAUUUCUGGCCUUGCUGGUAUUCAAUGAAAAGUUUGUAUAACAGUUAA